AUGUUGGGGUUGAGAGGAAAGGCAUCAAAGGUACACAUGAUGGACCCCCAUUUUGCUCACUCAUUGAUCAAAAGACAAAGAACAAUCCUCACCCACUCUCUCCCCCAUCCCUGCGGCCAGGACACCAAACAAGAGCCAAGAAAAACUCUCCAUCCUCCUUCUCCAUUGUUGAAGAGAGCUUUACAAGAAAGAAUACCAAGAAAAGGAGCUAGAGUGUUAAAAGUGUGAAAGGAUUAAGGAACUUGAUUAAAGUAUUUUUGAGCUUCGCCGGAGUUUCGCCGGAGUUGGUCAAAGUUCACCGGAGUUGGUCAAAGUUCGCCGGAAUUAGUCAAAGUUCAACCGCGGAGCGUAGAACACGUUUAAGCUCACUUAAGUAGGUACGCCGGUGAUGCUUCUUUGAAACAUAGAUCAUUCUAUGGGUUUGUGCAAUGGUACGAGGCUAAUAAUAACGAGGCUUGGUGAUCAUAUUUUAGAAGCAAGAGUUCUCACUGGUAGAAGUAUGGGUCAACAAGUGCUUAUUCCAAGGCUGUCCUUAACUCCAUCUGACAUCAGGCUCCCGUUUAAGUUUCAGCGAAGACAGUUUCCAAUCAUGGUGGCUUAUGCUAUGACCAUUAACAAGAGUCAAAGACAAUCUCUUUCGCAAGUUGGUUUGCCGCUAAAGAAACCAGUGUUCAGUCAUGGUCAAUUGCAUGUGGAAGUUUCACGAGUUACAAACCCCAAAGGUCUGAAAAUUUUAAUUUUAGAUGAUAAUGGUGAAUGCUCGAAUGAAACAACCAAUGUUGUGUAUAAGGAAGUUCUUCAAAAUAUUUAAAAUUUGGAAGUUCUUCAAAAUAUUUAAAUUUUUCCAUGUAAAAUUAUGUCUAAUAGGAUGUUUAUUGUUGUCUCUUUGCAGAGUUUUGUAAAUUAUUUGAUGUGUACUUUUGAAACAAACUUAUUUUUAAUUCAAUUCACACAGGCUUAAUUAUUUCAGCCGUGCAACGCACGGGUGAGAAUACUAGUAUAUAUAUACAGAAAAGAUCAGGUCCAGCCCUCCCAUGUCCAGCCGCCGUCCAAACUCCGCCGUUUGGAGCGGUUCCCGG